GUCAGCCCAUGUGUUUAAUCAGAGAGUAGUGGGCUGUGCUUUGACUGUUACAAAGUGCAGAGAGCACUAACAGACAGAGGCAUAGGAGGUAAUCCAAAGAAUCUAAGGCUGCCAUGUAUCGGACACGAAGCAAGAGGAUUCUAAAUGGGCAAGGGUUAGUGAGAAAAUAAAGGGCAGAAAUUUCACAGGGAUAGCGAUAGAGAGAGCUUGAAAAGGAGAAGUGGUAAAUUCGGACUAUAAAUACAGAAUAUAUGAGUGCAGCGAGCUAGAGAGACAGUCAGAGGCAGAGUCCGCUGGCAAGAGAAAGAUUCAAGUCUAAGGUAUGUAAGAAGUGAGUGGCUUCACAGCAGAACAAGGGACUGUGAGCUGGAUGAAGAGAGAGCAGCACAAAGCCUGACAAUCCGAGAGACUGCUCACAGAAUUGUGAAAAAUGGGACUGCAUUAGACGGCAGUGCUUCAGCACUUUGCUAGAAGACUGAAAUGAGAAGAGGACAGAUUAAAAGGGCCAAUAACUGAAGAAUCCCAACAGCUUCAUGUCAUGAUAAUGGGAGGCGCAGGCUGGCGAGAUUCCUGGUUGGUGCUUCUCUGUGCUGGGAUACUGUCAGUGACGGACACUCAGGAAUCCCUGUGUCCCAAACCAGGUAACGCUGAACUUCAACUUGUGGCUUAUAACCAUAGCAGACCCCGUGCUUACUGCCACUCUUAAAUUGUUAGCAUUUGUCCUUGCUGUGUUUUGAUGGACUUCCCUCGCUUUUCUCACUAAGCCUAUUUAUUACAGCUUUUUUUUUCUGUUUUGCUUAUUGUAGCAACUUUCAAAAGUACCCUGGGUUAUCUCUAUAAUCGAAUAGCGGUGCUGCAUUAUUGAACAAUACAUACCUUGUGUUUGUUACGUAUCUAAAUGAUAUGAGAAUAGACCUGCUCUCCGCACCUGCACUAUGCGCAAAAGAUUUCAAAGUAGAACUUUCACUUCCCAAAAUGUUGAAUCUUACGUUUAUUUGAUCUUCUAUUCAACUGAUAUCAUGGGGAAAAUACAGUUAAAAGUAGAAAUCCACACGACUUUAUCCUGUAAAGGGGCUACUCCACGUUAGCUCCCUGUCAAUUGUCGUUAUAAGGUCAGUUCUUUGCUCCUGGCAGUCAGCAUAGAGAAAGCAUACAGAGAAGAGGGGGAAUUAGAGAAUGUUGCUAUUUCUCCUCUUCAUUUGCACUUUUCCCCUUUGUUUUGCCUUGUCUGGACUGGAUCAUAAUAUUAUUUGCUAACUCUUGUAAGAAAUAAUGUAAGAAAAAAAGAUCAGUUUAUGAAAAAAUCAAUUAACACAAGUUAUAGAUGAUUUUCAAUGUUUUUAUUCAAAGAGGUAACAAGUAAUGUAAAAAGUGACAGUUCUCCUUUAAUAUCCAGUAUUCUAUAGGACCAUACAGUUUCAUGUUCUUAUAGGAGUACCUGCCACAAAAUGCUUAAAGGAACACUAAAGUGUUAGGAAUAUAAAACUGUACUACUCAUACUCAAGCGUUCCUCUGCAGCCCCCUUCAUCCCGCUGGCAGAAAAAAAAUAAUAAUAAUUUUUACACUCAUCUUAUUCCAGGGCCGAGGUCUGCGUGCUCCAUCUCUUCCUCCUUCAAAGUCAGCGCCGAGGGGGGAAUGUAAUGCACAUGCGCGUCCAGUGCCACAUGCGCAUUAAGCCUUUCCCUUUGAUAAAAUGCUUUCUUAUGGGGGAUUUGAAGAUGCUGGAUGUCCUUAUACAAACCGUGAGAACGUAACCCGUAAGAAGCACCACUAGAGGCAGUCUUAACCCUGCAAUAUAAACAUUGCAGUCUCUCUGUCAUUGCUGUGUUUUAGAUCACAGGGUUAAGUAGACAGGAAGAGUUCUUCCAGAGCCAUUUCAGUGAGACAAAGUGGUCUGGGUGCCUAUAAGUUUUCCUUUGCGUAAUUUGCAAAGACCCCAGAUUUUUACUUAUCUGAGCCUGUCCCUUGCGGCGGCGUCAUCCUCUUUUGGCCAGUCCCUUUUUUUUUCUCCUGACCCUUCAGCUGCCAUAAGCUGACGUCACUGCAGUACUCUCGCACAUGCAUGAGGGAUUGACAUUUCUAGACGGCGGUAGCUCUGCCCAGUGUCUAGAAGGGUCAGGCAUAGGAAAUAUACAGAGACAAAGCAGUCCCUAGUUUGUCUGAGUAUAUCUCUUUACUGGGUUGGAAUUUCAGUGAAAUACAAUACAAGUAUUUCACAAAGAUUCUAUGUUUAUGAAAUACAAAUUUUGUGUGUGUGGGAGACAGUGUCGCUUUAACAUCUAGUCUUACAAUGCGAGAGGCUGCCACAGUAUCUAUAUAUUGCAUCCUAGUUGCACAAUGGGAGAUAACCCCAAAAGAAUCUUACAAUUCACUGAUAUACUUGGAUAUCCUGUACAAACAAGCAUACAAUCUACAGGUACAAUGGAUAACUUGUACCAAUAAGCUUUCAAUCCUGUGUUAAUAUUAAAUACUGACACAAGGAGCUUACAGUUCUCUGCUAUCUUAUUCCUAUAAAAUGUGCAAUUUAAUUGGUCAACUAGCGACAAAUAUUUUCUAUUACACAACAUUUAAUGCACAGUGAUUUCUCGUUAGCCAUGUAUUUGACGACUGAUAAAGAGGCCCUACAAGAUUCAUCAUGUGCAUGCAUUAAAUAAAUGUAUGGUGUGUGUAUAUUAUGCGUAUUCACACGGGCACAAAUCAGCAUAUUUAUCAAUACCCAGGACAUACUUGAAAACGAGAGAAAUCUCAAUGUAUCCUUUCUGGUAAAAUAUUUUAUAAAUAAAUAAAACUAUACCAGAGCGGGAAUUGUUUACUUAUAGAGCUGAGAGAGGGGACACUGUGUGCUCUGUGCAAUGGUCCAAAGGUCACCUAUGCAGGACAACAGAGCUUUUUUUUUUUUUUUUUUAAAUGCGUCUACUCUUGUAGCUUGCUAGUAGUUCUCUAUCUAUGAAAACAGAUUUCCUUCUGCAUAUGGUAGCUAUAAUUGUGGCUUCGCUCUGCAAAGAGGAUCUUGCUCUCAGUUCCACAGAAGUGCGUGUGUCGAAUUUGUUGCACUCAUCUCUCGGGCGCUGACAGAUGUUUUUAAGUUUCCAGUAUGUAAAUUGAGGAGACGGUGGAUGUGGGCUGAUUUGCAUAGCACAAUGUUCUCCGGGGUGCAUCCUGCACACCGCGCUUGGGCACCGGACUGUUUUGUGGCGAAGCCACCACGUGUGGAUAUAGCUGUUGAUACGCGUGUAGUUCUUGUUAAACACCUGGCCUAACUUAAAUGUAAAAAAUAAAUAAAAAAAAUAAGCAGAAUUUUUAAUUCUUUUAACUGAAAUAAAUAAGGCAGAAUUGCAUGAAAAAAGUACAUUACUGUCAAUAUAUUAUGUUUGCUUUUAAGUACAACAGAAGUGGCACUUUCUGUCUCAUAAAAGAGCUUCUUUUUUUAAAGUAUUUUUCGAUGUAACUUUCCAUUUGAUUUAAAAAAGUACUUAAAGAAGUACUGCCACUCUUAGGGUCUUUGUGUUACACAAAUUGUGUAUUUUACAAAGACCCCUUGGGUGAAAUGCUACUUGUACUGAUUUUUCGGUGGGGUGUGGAGAAGAUUGUGGUCCUGUAGAAUGCCUAUUUUAUAGGCUUGCUCUGUUGUAGUUUUCCAGGAGCAGAACAGUCACCAUAGGUAUUCAGGUAGAGUUUGGGCUACCAACAAGCGUCGUGACACCAGGAGGGAGCAGAUUGGUGUAUCUGACUACCUCCAAUCAUUGUUGAAGGCCUUAAAAUGGUGGGAUAUUUAUGCGCUGUACAUUUUCUUGUGCGUAAAUCUGUUGUAUGAAGUGCUAGUACUUUCCUUUUUCUAUUUUUUAUCAAUCAAUAUUUUAUUAAGGUUUACAUAAGACACAUGAUAUUAGGCAUGUGCAUGGGGAAAAUAUUCGGCUCGGUUCGGCAUUCCGAAAUUCGGGACUUCGGCAAUUCGUCACUUCGGCCACUUCAGAACUUUGGCCACUUCAGAACUUCAGCACUUUGGUACUUCGGCACUUUGGCAACUUCGGCAUUUCUCUUGCAGCCGCUUGGUAGAUAACUCCCUAAUUCCCACAGUAUUAGGGAGUUAUCUACCACAAGGCUGAAAGACCUAAAUUGGUCUUUCAGCCACAUUUACUAAUACUAAGUAAAAAUUACUUAGUAUUAGUAAAUAUUGUCCCUACUCGCUAUACUGCGAGUAGGGGCAUGUCUAUUAAACAGUGAGCAGCCUGUGGUCCCCCCUCCUGAGCUUUUAAACUAUUGCCCCCCCUGGCCCCCACCCCUGAGCGGCGGGUGGGGGCCCUAAAUAAAAAUUGGGGGGGACCUAAUGUCCUCCCCCUGGCCCCCACCCUGAGCGGUGGGUGGGGGCCCUAAACUAGAAUAAGGGGGGACCUAAUGUCCUCCCCCAUGGCCCCCACCCCUGAGUGGUGGGUGGGGGCCCUAAACCAGAAUAAGGGGGGGGACCUAAUUUCCUCCCCCUUGGCGGCGGGUGGGUGCCCUAAAUACAAAUUGGGGGGGGGACCUAUUGUCAUCCCCCUGGCCCCCACCCCUGAGCGGUGGGGGGGGGACCUAAUGACCUCCCCCCUGGCCCUCACCCCUGAGCGGUGGGUGGGGGCCCUAAAUACAAACUGUGGGGGACCUAAUGUCCUCCCCCCUGGUCCCCACCCCUGAGCGAUGGGUGGGGGCCCUAAAUAGAAAUUGGGGGUGGACUUAUUGUCCUCCCCCUUGGCCCCCACCCCUGAGCGGCAGGUGGGGGCCCUAAAUACAAAUUGGGGGGGCUAUUGUCCUCCUCCCCCUGGCCCCCACCCCUGAGCGAUGGGUGGGGGCCCUAAACACAAAUUGGGGGGGGACCUAAUGUCCUCCCCCCUGGCCCCGACCCCUGAGCGGCAGGUGGGGGCCCUAAAUACAAAUGUAACCCCCCUCCCCACAGGUGACUAGGGGUCCCCAAACCCCUUGUCCACCCCAUCCCCCCAAAAAUUAACCCCUACCUACCCCCCUCACCCUACAAAUAAUAUGGGGGUGGGACCUAUAAAUAAGUACCUGUAAAAAUAAAAAUAAACUUACCAUUUGAUGUUUUCUUUCUUCUAAAAUCUUCUUUUUCAGCCCCAAAAAAGGCCAAAUAAAAAUUGAAUGAGUUAUUAUGAAAAUUGAGUGUUAUGAGUCAAAUUACACAGCGUGGGAAAAUUCCAAAGAACUUGCUGUUCCGCAGAGUAACUGAUCCGUGCGUUCUGCAGCUGAAACUCCACUAUCGCCUGCUGCUGCUCGCACAGUCUCUCCAGCAUGUGCAAGGUGGAAGAGACUACUAGUGGAAAGUCGGGGAGAAAAGGAGACCACUAAGGGAGGUCGGGGGGAGAGGAGAGACCACUAAGGGGCAGGGGAGAUCUCUAAGGAAUGGAAGGGAGAGCUCUAUAGGACAGGGGGACAGGGAGCUCUUUCACACCACACGCGCACACACACACACACAAUGCAUCCCUAUACACACAGUAACACAACAUGCUUCCCUUACACACAGAGAAACACACAAUGCAACCCUUACACAUAAAGACAAUGCAUCCUUUGCACAUAUACACAGAACACACACAAUGCAUCCCUUACACACACAUGCAAACACACACUGUUUCUCUUACACACAAACACAGAAACACAAUGCAUCUCUUACACACACUCAACACACCCCUUACAGACACACACACUGCAUCCCUUACAUACACAGAAACAUACUUUGCAUCCCUUAUGCAUACAAACACAGAUUCACACAAUGCAUCCCUAACACACAACAAGAAACACACAAUACAUCCCUUAUACACAAACACUCACUGCUUUCUAUCCCUUACACAAACAACACUGCAUCACCUACACAAACUGGUAUCCCUAUACACUACAUUCCGUAAGCACACACAUUAGAUCCUCUACAGUAACACAUAACACAUCCCCUACACACUCUACUCCCUGUGAGUUCAUGGGUGGAACAUGUAAGUGGCCUUAUGGGUGGGCUUUAUGGGCAUACUCACCGUCAGGCCCUGGGGCCCAGACCUUGAGCUAUGUAAGAGGCCCCCAAAAAUGGAGCUGCUUCCCGUUCUCCCAGAACAUUGAAUUUUGUGACCACAGUUACAAACAGCCUCCAGAGAUCCUGUUCUACACCAGACCAGUGGAGCCAGACUGCAGCCAGAGCCCAUCACCAUCCUCAUCUGAUUGUAAGUAGGCAAUCUAGUAUAUUAUUAGUGACACUAAUCUCUAAUUUACCUCACAUUAAAUGGACACUAUAUUCCCCAGAACCACUGCAGCUUAAUAAAGUUGUUCUGGUGUCUAUAGUUUGUCCCUGCAGACUUUUUAAUGUAAACACACACUGUGUGCAGCACUGGCAUUAGUUCAUAUGGGUGGGGCAUUGCGAUGUUCCAGGGGGGGUGGCAAAUCUUUCUUUUGCCUAGGGCGGCAAAAAUCCUUGCACCGGCCCUGCCAACAGGUUUUUAAAACAUUCCAUCUCCACCAGACUGAAUGACAGCAUUUCAAAGGCCAGGAAUUUUGAAAUGCUGGCAUUCAGGACCAGGGAUUGCUGGUGGGUAGGGGGGUACUUCCUCUUUCUCUCCAGUGUUUGGGAGAUGGACAGCUGAACGCUUCCAUGGGACUGUGUGGAGAUGCCUGGGGACGGUGGCGGACGUGGUGGCGUUGCUGCCACAUCCUCUGUUUGCGGGGUGGCAGGUGCCACUGUCACUCCAGAGGUGGAGGAAGAGGCCAAAACAGCAGCAGAAGAGGAAGCAGGAAGAGCCUGAGACCUUUCUUGGUUUUUGAGGUGCUUACUCCACUGCAGCUCUUGCUUUGCAUGUAGAUGCCUGGUCAUGCAGAUUGUGCUCAGGUUUAGAACGUUUAUGCCUCGCUUCAGGCUCUGAUUGCACAGCAACCAGCGACGACAGCCUCUUCAUCCAAACUGGACACGUCACUCGCAUGACCUUGAUUCCAUGUGGGGUGUAGGAUCUCAUCAUCCUCCACAUCAUCUUCCACCCACUCCUCAACCCUGCCCUCCUUGCUGGUUGUCAGGUUCUUACCUGAUGGGGAGUCUGGCUCGCAGAGUUAUACGCUCACCCUUGCAAAGUAGACACAGACCAGGGUGACCAGGUAAGACGCCACCUGAUCUGUGAGUCUGUGCACGGGGGCUUUCCAGGAAUAGUGCUCCAAGUAGCAGUACAGCAGGGAUUAGCAGAAGCGUAGUCAAGGAAAGCCAAAGUCAGGGGAAGCCAGAGAUCAGAGUAGUCCAGGAGGAAAGCCAAGGUCAGAAGCCGGAAUCAGACAGGAAAUACUGGAACGCUGAUAUGGCAAGACAGGAACCAAACAAGGAAACCAGAGUCAAUGAACUGACACUGCCCUCAGGGAGAGGCAGUGUCUUAUACCUGGCUAAUUGGUGAUCAGCCACAGGUGUGCUGAGAUCAUUGGAGCAGCCACAGAAUAACGUCCAGCCCCCAGUGCUGGGUACAAGGCAAGAUAGACUUCUGGCUAUCUCUUGAGCUGAUAUGGUGGCUCAGAGGCAAAAUAGCAGCCCCAGGACUGCAAAGUACCCUGGUUCAAGUCCAUCACCGGGCACUUCUGGGGCGACCUCGUCUGGCCGUCGGGAUGUCACGGUGAGAACCGUGACACUGGUCUGCACACUGCAGAAAGCCACAGCAGUUGGCACCUGUGUUUUGUCAUCAUCAGAGACGUGCUGUGGUGGUCCUCGCAUGUCCACAUCCUGAAACAUAAGUGGUUGUACAUCAGUGCACUCAAUCUCUUCCACUUCUGGGGCAGGGCUAGGUGGAUGGCCCAUGGAAACCCCUCCAGCAGAGUCAUCAGAAAGCUGAGAGACUGCUGCAUGACUUGCGGUUCUCUUUGAAUCUCAGAUAUGAAGUGCACCGUAGGCAGCAAAUGUACUAUUUAGCACCCAAAAAAUUUGAAUUUUUCAAAGUGCGAUAUAACCACAGUAUUUGACGGUUCUAUUUGACUCAGAUAUGAAGUGCACGCCCCAAAUUAACUUUUUAGCACCAAAGAAAUUAGUAUUUUUUAAAGUGCGAUGUAACCACAGUAUUUGACGGUUCUAUUUGACUCUCAGAUAUGAAGUGCACGCCCCAAAUUAACUUUUUUGCACCAAAGAAAUGUAAAUUUUUCAAAAUGCUAUGUAACCACAGUAUUUGACGAUUCUAUUUGACUCUCAGAUAUGAAGUGCACCACAGGCCGCAAAUGUACUAUUUAGAACCCAAAAAAUUUGAAUUUUUCAAAGUGCGGUGUAACCACAGUAUUUGACGGUUCUAUUUGACUCUCAGAUAUGAAGUGCAUGCCCCUAAUUAACUUUUUAGCACCAAAGAAAUGUCAAUUUUUCAAAAUGCGAUGUAACCACAGUAAUUGACAGUUCUAUUUGACUCUCAGAUAUGAAGUGCACGCCCCAAAUUUACUUUUUAGCACCAAAAAAAUUUGAAUUUUUAACAGUGCGAUGUAACCACAGUAUUUGACGGUUCUAUUUGACUCUCAGAUAUGAAGUGCACGGCCCAAAUUUACUUUUUAUCACCAAAAAAUUAGAAUUUUUAAAAGUGCGAUGUAACCACAGUAUUUGAUGGUUCUAUUUGACUCUCAGAUAUGAAGUGCACGCCCCAAAUUUACUUUUUAGCACCAAAAAAAUUUGAAUUUUUAACAGUGCGAUGUAACCACAGUAUUUGACGGUUCUAUUUGACUCUCAGAUAUGAAGUGCACGGCCCAAAUUUACUUUUUAUCACCAAAAAAUUAGAAUUUUUAAAAGUGCGAUGUAACCACAGUAUUUGAUGGUUCUAUUUGACUCUCAGAUAUGAAGUGCACGCCACAAAUGUACUUUUUAGCACCAAAAAUUUGUGAAUUUGUUAAACUGCAAUGUCACAGCAGUAUUUAAAAAUGCCUAGAUGUUGCCCACUGAGCUACCAGAACAGGAUUAAAGUAAUGUGCCUGGCAGACAUGCAGUUGCAAGUGCCCACCUAACAAACAGACUGAUUGCUUAUUUCUCUGUGGCACUGGGCUCAGGACAGGGUACAAAAAUGUAGUAUAUCACAAAAAUAAUCGCUGUAGUUUGCAGAUUCAACACCAGAAUUCUUUCCUAAUCUGCCCCUCACAGCUGCAGCAUCCUCUCCCUACACUAAUAAGAGCUCAUGUGACUCCAGCUUAUAUAGAGGCUGGGUCACAUGCUGCACUGACCAAUCACAGCCAUGCCAUUAGUAGGGCAGCCAAUCAACAAGCGUUUGACUCGUAGGCAUGGCACACGAGUCAAACACUUGUUGAUUGGCUGCCCUGCAGCUUUUCAAAACGCGCCAUUAAAUUGCCGAACACAGAACUCGAACCCGAACCCGAACUGUUACUGAAAUGUCUGGGCUCGGGUUCGGGGUCAAAAAAUCGUAAUGUUUGGUACGAACCCGAACUUUACAGUUUGGGUUCGCUCAUCUCUAGUUAUGAUAGUCAGUCAAUCAAUGCCUAAAUAGUUGAAGGUGCUACAAAAAUGUUGGGCAACAUGGUAGACUUCACUGAAAUCAACAGAAUGCAUGUAAUGGGCACCUCUAUGCUUCCCAAGCCUGCAUCUCCAGGUCCAGGCUCUUAUAGAAACCACCGCACUAUGUCCAUUGACCCCACCACGCCAUGUCAAGAGCUCGAUAUAGUCCCACAAAACUAGAUGGUGUGCAGGCUAGUGCCCUCUUUGGAUACUUCCCCAGAAUGAAGAUGUCUGGGCCUCAGUUGGCUUGAUUGUAGAUAAGGUAGGUUGGAGUUCCUGUUCAUCAAGUCUCCAUCAGUAUCUAUUGCAGAUAUCCAAUGCGAGGGCCUCUCCCCAUUGUGUCUCCUCUAAAGAUGUCCGUGACACUGCCAAAUAGACGACCAUCUUAGGUUGCUCAGAUUGGUGCUGUAGCAAACAGGUUGUCCAGAAGUGAGGUAGCUGCAUUGAUGGGCAAUGAUGAAAAGGGAGGGGGUCAUGGCUCAGGUGAUCAAUUGUGGGUACCCAUGCACGACCUGUCCAGGUGGUCGGUUGCUACUCCGUUUCAGGGUGUCGACUAGGCCGUACCACCUGGAACUCAACAGCUUCAGUAAAUUGCCACAUAGAGACUUGAUUACAGAUUGCUCAGUACUCCUUUAAAUAUAUUUGCGGGUCAUUAGAUGGAUCGGGAACCAGGGCAUUCCUGGAACCAUAACCACGACAGUGCACUAAAGUGGUUAUGGUGCUUGAUACUUAGUAUUACAUUUAUAAUCUAGUGCACAACACCACAAAAAAUGGGCUAAAAUGGUACUAAUGGUUAGUUUACCUCCAAUCUUUCUGGGAUAUUCACUAAAUAGUGAUUUUAACUAAACCGUGAAUUUAUUGUUUGCUACAAAAUUGUAAUUCACUUGUCAAUUGCUGACAAUUGCCAAAAAACAUCUGGUGAUGAAUAAUUCUAUAAUAAGAUAAAUUCCAUCAACUCUAAGCUAAAUUCAGCUAUUCUAAAUAUUUUCAGGUUACUGCAUGUACUUUUAUAUCAUAUUGUUAUAAUUAUUUUGCAAAUAGCAGAUUUUCAGACCUCUUACACUGUAUUGACUACACUAAAAUAAUUACACAAAGCUUACAGUAACCCCCCCUUCCCCUCCCCCCGUCCGUCUAUGUGAACACCUACUGAAAACUGAAGAGCACUGCGCCAGAAUAUGUAUGGUGGCAAGAAAGAGUUAAUAUGGAGUUUUUUAUCUGGCUUUAGUUUAAGACAGGGGUGCCCAAAAUGUAGAUCUCCAUAUGUUUCAAAACUACAGCUUCCAUGAUGCUUUGUCAUUGUAAAGGCAUUCUAAAGGCACGCAAAGCAUCAAGGGAGUUGUAGUUCUACCUUUUGUACACCCAUGGUUUAAGAGGUUGCUGUUUAAGAUAGAAGUUCUAUUCUAUAGGUAGUUUAUAGGCAGAUUCCUGUAACAGGGCUGUUCCUGCUGGACCCCCUCUGUUUUUGCAUCAUUGUUGUCGUGGUGUUUGUGGGAUUUGAAGGGGCAACGUCAGGGUUAAUAGUAGAGGAUGGAUCUAAUGGAGAACAGUUAUCAAAACGGCCAGGUUGAUUAAGACUGACUACCAUUGGUUUUGGUUUUAUUAAAGUUAAUUGAACACGUUAAUAAUUACAUGUUUUAUUUAUUGUUAUAAUUUAGCAAUAAACACCACGGCCUAGCCCAUUAAAAGAAUUUUUUUUAAAUUUAUUUUUUUAAAUAAGAAGUUGUCUGUGCUUUCAAUUGAUCAGUUAGGGGUUGAAAAUAUUGCUUAAAGGGACACUCCAGACUUUACUUUGCCAAAGUGCUUUAUGUGUGAAGAGUUUGUCCUCUUUUUUGCAUUUUACAAAAAUUGCAGAUUUAAAUAGAAAUUUGCACUUUCAUAACUUAGCCUGAUUACACCCCCUGCCUGACAAUCAGACAACAGGCCCUGUUACUUCCUGGUUUGGUUAGCUCAGUGGAGCUAAACUCCAGAGCACCUGCCUUGUAAAGACUUCUCAUUGAGUUGCAAUGUCUGGGUGGGGUCACAAGGGGAGGUUUGCAAAGGCUUCAGACAAAAGAUCUGCAGUUUUUCAAGCUGUUUUUAAAUAUAGCCACAAUGAAAAAUGCAUAAUUACAUACAAGUUUUCAUUUGGUUUAUAUCUACUAAACAGUGAAUUAUAUAUUUUUUUAAUUUGAGAACUGGAGUGUACCUUUAAAUUGGCCACUUAUUACUACAGUUUAGUUCUAUUUCAGAAACAUCUCUAGAUUUUUGACAAAUUAACUGUCUAAUAUCAGGUCAUAAUAACCUAGUUGGAAAAUAGUUCAGCUGGAUAAUUUUUGUAUUUUAAGCAAUUUUCCAGUCCAAACAAAAUGAAAUUCUCUGUUAAUUUCUUGAUACAGCGAAAAUGAAAUUUUCAAUAGAAGAUGGUAGCAAAAUUGCCAUUGUAUCACCCCUGGCCAAUGCCUUAAUUAAUAGUUUAGAAUUUGCUCUUUUCUUCUCCACCCCUGCUCUCUCUUUCUCUCUACAGUACUAUCUCCCACUUCUGCCCUUCCCGUCUCUGCCAGUACUUAUUUGAGUCUCACUCUCUCCCCUCUCACUUCCAGCAGUCUCUCCAAAUAGUCUCAUGGUCCCCAUGUAUUCAAAUGUGAGCCUGACUUGCCCAGGAUGCAAUAAGACAAUGUCCUGGAAAAGUCACAAUCGAACUCUGGCGCCGGUGAAGAGAGUACACCAGUUACUAAAAAAUGUACGGUACAAAGAUGUGGAUAAUUACACGUGUUUCAGCAAGAGUGACCCAGUAUGUUCUGUGCAGCUACUAGUAAAAGGUGAGUUGAUUAAAGGGAAAUAAUCAAGUAAUGUAGAGGGGCACUAAUGCGAGUGGUCUGUGGGUGAGAUGUAACAUAAGACUAUAAAAAAGGGGAUUAAUAUUUACUAAAAUUAGUUAAACUUUCACACAGAGAAUGAGACCUUUUCUAAUAAAAGUGAUUACCUGCUAGAAAGUGAUGUUACCUUUGUGUGAGGCAGAAUAUCUUCGUAAAUGAGAUGACCUUUUAGUGUACUAAGCAUCUCCUAACGAAUAAACGACAAUUCAAUGAUGGAGUGUCUCUCUGUAUAGGGACCUGAAAAUAUGUGCAGAGCCACUUACAUUUAAUAGAGCUUCACAGCAGCUCCGAAUCUCUGAGCCGGUGUAAAGCUCUAUUGAAUAUGAGUGGCUCGCCACAAAUGUUUGGGUGCCUAUACAGAGAGACACUCCACCAUUAAACUUUCGUUUGUUCCUUUAUGUAUUUCAUAUAUAUCUACUGGAAGCAAACCAUCCACCAACUGUGAUCGGUUAUCAAUUCUUUAGCCAGAAAGAGAGACCCUUGGCAGGAUUGUUGCUGCUGCAUAUCUGCGGAACUGCUCUAGUGCUUGAUUCAGUGUUUAUAUUACAUCUCCUACCGUGUUUCUCCGAAAAUAAGACCGGGUCUUAUAUUAAUUUUAGUCACAAAAAACACACUAGGGCUUAUUUUCAGGGUAGGGCUUAUUUAUUUACGGUACCGGUAUGUACAUUGAACCCCACCUUUAAUUAAUCCACCCCCCCUUUAAUAAAUCCACCCCCCUCUAAUUAAUCCACCCCCUCUAAUUAAUCCAGCCCACCCUUUAAUUAAUUCACCCCCUCUAAUUAAUCCAGUCCACCCUUUAAUUAAUUCACCCCCCUUUAAUUAAUUCACCCCCCUCUAAUUAAUCCAGCCCACCCUUUAAUUAAUUCACCACCCCUUUAAUUAAUUCACCCCCUCUAAUUAAUCCAGCCCACCCUUUAAUUAAUUCACCACCCCUUUAAUUAAUUCACCCCCUCUAAUUAAUCCAGCCCACCCUUUAAUUAAUUCACCACCCCUUUAAUUAAUUCACCCCCUCUAAUUAAUCCAGUCCACCCUUUAAUUAAUUCACCCCCCUUUAAUUAAUUCACCCCCUCUAAUUAAUCCAGUCCACCCUUUAAUUCACCCCUUUAAUUAAUUCACCCCCUCUAAUUAAUCCAGCCCACCCUUUAAUUAAUUCACCACCCCUUUACUUAAUUCACCCCCUCUAAUUAAUCCAGUCCACCAUUUAAUUAAUUCACCCCCUUUAAUUAAUUCACCACCCUCUAAUUAAUCCAGCCCACCCUUUAAUUAAUUCACCACCCCUUUAAUUAAUUCACCCCCCUCUAAUUAAUCCAGCCCACCCUUUAAUUAAUUCACCCCCCUUUAAUUAAUUCACCCCCUCUAAUUAAUCCAGCCCACCCUUUAAUUAAUUCACCCCCCUUUAAUUAAUUCACCCCCUCUAAUUAAUCCAGCCCACCCUUUAAUUAAUUCACCCCCCUUAAUUAAUUCACCCCCCUUUAAUUAAUUCACCCCCCUCUAAUUAAUCCAGCCCACCCUUUAAUUCACCCCCCUUUAAUUAAUUCACCCCCCACCCCCUUUAAUUAAUUCAGUCCCAGACAUAAAAUAUCUACCGGUACUCACAUUUCAAAGUUUCCUUGCCGAGUCCGACCACUGGGAGCCUCACCGCCCGGAAAUGGAUCCUUCUGCUGAAGAUCCGUGAAGGCAGACUGACGGCGCUGCGAAAUGACGUCAUCACGUUGCGCGAUGCCGCGGCCCGCAACGCUCCUCCUACAGUAGAAGAAGGAAGUCUCGCCGCAAAGGUACAAUGCCUAGGUCUUAUUUUCGGGGUAGGGCUUAUAUUGCAGCCCACCCCGAAAAUCCGACUAGGGCUUAUUUUCGGGGUAGGGUUUAUUUUCGGGGAAACACGGUAGUAAGUGAGAUUACUUUUCAGUGAGUGAGCAAUCUCCUACUGGAUUCACCACAGAGAAAAUUCAAGGUAAAUUCAAAGAGAAUUUCAAAUUUAAGGUCAAAAUAGCCGAUCUUGAAAAAUUAUCAAAGUUGGCUAUGCUUUCAGUUAGUUUGCUCUGGACUUAAAUCUGAAAUUCUCUUUAAAUUCGCUUUGAAUUCUCACUUUGUGAAUGAGAUCACCUCUCUGCAAAGUAGACAUCUCAGAGUAAAUGAGAUUACUUUCCAGUGAGUGAGACCUCCCAUGGAAUGUGGAAAUACCUUUCAAUAAGCGAGAACUCUCAGAGAAAGUGGGCAAGACAUUUCGUAGUUAGUAAGAUUAUCGUUCAAUGAGUGAGAGCUCUCCUUUUAAAACACAUUGCCUUUUACCAAGCGAGAUCUCUCCCAGAAAGUAAUUUGCUUUCAAUGAAUGCUUCCAAGUGAGCGUGACUCUGUCUGUGUGAGUUCUGUAACAUACCUCUGCAUAGAGAGUGAGAGUUGAGGGGCGAUUUUGAUGGAUUUCUCUAUAUAAUCAGAUUCAUAUCCUGUUCUUUUCUCAGAAACAUUGGAAACCCCAGUGAUACAGUGUUACCUCCGGCACCCUAAAGGUAGAAUCACCUGUGAGUGGUCACCAAAGGAGAGACUUCCCAAAUGGGCCAAGACUACACUCAUUACAAAAAUAUUUAACACUAUGUAAGAAUGGUCCACAUAGAUCAAAAAACAAAUAAAGGAAUCCACACAAUACUAUUUAUUGUAAAUAAAUGUUUAUAUCAAGUGUUUGUUCUCCUUCUGUUCACAGCACUUCUUCUACAACCCAAAAGUGGCCUUGCACUUACAAUGGCACUUUAAACAAGGUUCAAUGUCACAUUGGAAAAAAGCUAAGCCAGAAUCCAAAAUUGUUCAUAUCGAUGUGUGUGACGAGCUUAUCCGAUAGCCGAGGGAGCGAAACUGAAUCCAUCCAUAUAAAACGUCUAGGUAUGUUUAAAUUAAGUAAAAUUGUGGGAGGGGUUUUGUUUAAAUAAAAAUGUCCUGUCUUGUAUAUCACUGAGACAACUGUAAAUUUAAAUAAAUAAAUGGCAUCACUCAUAGGACUUUGAACAGUGUUUUUUUCCAUUUAUAUAUUUUUAUUUAGAUGAGUGUGUAACAAAUGAAUGACAUCACUAGCUAUAGAAGUAGUGCGAGGAUAUCACACAUAAUAAAUAUAUAUCUUUCAACAACAGAUGCACAAUGUAUUCACUAGUGCAAGAAAAAAGGUAGGAUUAAGAUAAACUGAGAGAAAUCAUUUGCUUACAGCAUAAAACAGAAUCAAUACAAUGUGAAUCUUGAGCAAAUCUGAAAAACGUGGGAUUAAAAGACUUGAGCAUCCUGUAUCGCCGGCAAAUAUAUAUCUGUCUGUCUGUCUAUCUGUCUGUCUGUCAAAGCUCUGUUUAUAGGCAAAUUUAGGUACUUAGAUACAGCGCACUGAAACAUAAAAAUAAACCAGAUGUAAAUAAAAACCCCAAUGAACAAAGAAUAGACAGCGCCCUGCUCAUCGCCAUGCUCUUAUUAUGAUCAUCCUACUACCAGACUGGGAAUUAAACUCCUGUAACAAGACACUCCAGGAGUCUGGACUCUACAUCCAGAGCCAUCUACUCCACUGGCCUCAGCGAGAGCCCAUAUGCGUUGCCCACCUGUCCAAUUGCUUCUGGUGACCUUGUUGGCAUCUCAGAAGGGCACUGUUGCUUGGUAUUGGUCCUUGUAUUCCUCCAAAGUUUCGGGCAGCAUCCAAGGGGUCCCCCCCUGAAGACUCUCAGCCUGAGUAUGUGGCAGUGGGUGAUGAACCUGCUGUAGAUCCAGCUAAAAGAUAGUGGCUUGAGUGUCCUCUUGGGUUUCCCUAAUAUGGGCAAGACUAUCUAAUGUUCGGGGAACACUUGGCAGUAUUCCCUGAGACAGGAUAUAAUCUAGCUCUUUCAUCUCUGACAUUUGCAGUUGUCUGCAAUUUCAGCUAAAACACAUCAAAUAGGUCUCAGUUGAGCCUCUAUGUUUUAUGACAGACCUCUGGAUGCAUAGGAGUUUAUGGCUUCCUCCAUCUAGAGCAGGCAUUUGCACAAUACUUUAUGUUGCAUAGGCAUUAUGAAGACCAAGAAUUUAUCAGUGAUGCUGGAGAAACAUCGAAGUUAAUUUGCAGGCAUAACCCUCACAGGCAUAGGGGAAAGCAGGGAUUCGUACUUUGUCCUCUAAUUUUGGGCAAAUUAGCGUGGCGAGAUCGAUCGCUUCUACCACAUUUGGCAGCACCGGGUGGCCAAAGUCCACCUAAAAUAUUCAUUAGUGUCUUUUAGAAACAUAGAAUGUGACGGCAGAUAAGAACCAUUUGGCCCAUCUAGUCUGCCCAAUUAUGUAAAUACUUUCAUUAGUCCCUGGCCUUAGCACAACAUCCCCUGCAGUUUGAAUGCCUAAUAACUGCUUUAAAAAGUCAGCACAAUGGGCAAAAAAUUGCUUUUGUGCUGGGAGCUCUGUCUAAAUCCGGCUGACCAGCAUGACAGUCAGGGCGCAACCCCCCUUAAACAGUGUUUUUAAUGUGUCAAAUAAAGUGCACAACACCAAAAUUGCAGAUCAACAUUUUGACUUUAUAGGAUCAAUAUAAUCUUGACUCUGUAGAGUUGGAACGUUGAUCUGCAAUUUUUGUGUUAUGCAUUUUAUUUGACACAUUAAAAAACUGUUAAUUGUUUACAAUAGGCCGUUGAAUUAUUAGAAAAAAAAUGCACACCCGAGGUGGUAAAGCGGUCACGACACGAAGCAGAGUGGCCGUUACACCUUGGGUGUGCAUUAUUGUUUUCUAAUAAUUCAACGGCCUGGAGUUAAUUAUUCCGCUUAUACUACAGUUACCACACCUCGAAACAUUGUUCAGAUGAUGUAUUUCAAGACGUUUGUCAAGUUUUUGUCAUUAAAAAGCUCUUGUAUGUAGGACUAAUUUCUUACGCAACUGUAAUCCGGUCAAGACCUGUCUGGAACUACUUUAGCCGUGCGUCUCCAUGAAAAUAAUGCACACCUUGGAACGUUCGUCAACCAAUCAGAUUGAAACAUUUAACUGCCCUGUAGUAUAAUUAUAUACAAGCGUGGGUGAGCUAAUGUAAUGCUUAAAUAACAAUGAAUAAAAUGUUUUUUUUUUUCUUCACACAGUUCAACCAGACCCUCCCGUCAAUGUAACCAUAUCUCCUGUGAGAGGUGCACCCCGAAAGUUAUAUGUCUCCUGGAAGACACCUGAAUUGUGGACUGAACCAUUCUACCAAUUACACUAUGAGAUCCAAUACAGCGUUGAAAAUUCUCAAUACACCUCUAAUGUGAGUAUCAUAAAAGCAGCUUCCUUUAACAAAAUCAAACAAUGUCACCGCUGUGCACCCACACGAACGGAUAACCAUGUCACAAGGUUAUUUUUCUUAUCUGAACAGAUAUUGCCUUUUAGCCAAAACAUAUUCAUUUUCGACAAAAGUGAAACAGCAUCGUUAUGGAAAGAAGAACACCACUUUGAUGUUAGGAAGAGCUGACACCAUUGUUUCAUUUACAUACCUCCUCUGCACGGUGUUUUCUUUUCUGCAAUUUGUUUCGGUCUGUUUUGUGUAGAUUUCUUUCUUUUUUUUUUUCUUAUUCCGUUUUUACAAUUCUGCUUCCUUGAUAUCAUAAUCAUCAAAUGAUCUUCUUCUUAGCCACAUAGAAAUAUAGAGUGAAAAAAAGGCACAACGGGUGCAGAGACGAGAGUGAGAUGCAUAGAACUGCAGCACAGUUUAAAUGACAAAACAAAUGAGAAAACAAUACAUAUCUGAGUGGCAGCAUUGGGGCAAGAAAGUUCCAUGAAACCCCACAGCAGAAUAAAUGUGUUCAGUUACAUAUGACGGGUCAACCACACAUGUGCCCUUUAUUAAAAUGUACAGGAGUGGAUUGGGUGCAAUAUAUCCAACACUCCACAUACUACAUGCAAACUUCAUAUCACACAAUGUAUGCAUUCACAUCAUCAAUGUAUUUGCAGUCAUUCUACGUGGAUAAAUGAAUACAUUAAAGCGCAAAUUGUCACUAAAUCAAAGUGAGUUUAAUGUGAUUUUAACUUUUUUGGGGGGGAGGGGAAAUCGUCAAAUUUAAAAAAUUCUCCAAAUGUUUUUUUUUAAGUUUGGCAAUUUUGUCGGAAAAUGUCCAAAGCACUUUGAAUGCUCUUUGAAUUAUCAACAAUUCCCAGAAUAGCGAAUUACUCUUCAUAUACAGGCAUUCGUGGUAAGAUGGAUGAAAACAUGCAAAAAGGAAAUACUCUAACAUCCGCAUUGUUAUGAUAAUGGUAAAUGUAUUUUUAAUGCAGUGAAUUCAUUUGGAGUGUUAGUUAAAAAAAUAGAGGGGGCCAAAGAUUUCAAUGCCUAUGGGUCUCCGAGAUGAAAGAUGAGUCCUGCUUACACCAUAUUAUUAUAAGGAAGAAAAAUGGAAAAAUAUGAAAUAGUGGGUAAUAAACAAAAAAUAUAAAAUAUACAAUUUUGGCUGCCACCCCACUAAAUAUAGAUGACUUCAUAGAUAUGAUAUAUAAACAUAUAUAGGGGGCACAAAAUAUAUCAAAUUCAAGUAUUUAUUAAAAAACUAAAUAUAAGUAUGCACGGGUGUAUAGAAACUAGCAGAUAACGGGAAUAAACAAUAAAAAAAAAAAAGUUACAAAUUGUAUUUAACUCCUUGAAGGCCAACAGCACACCAAGCAUAUUAUGAUGUCAAUGGGAUUUAUUUCCCAUUGGUUGUUAAAGGAGAAUAAUCUAGUCUAGUAAUCUUAAUCAAAAUCUUGUGGUCACUACUCUAUCCUAAUUCUCCUUGACCUGUCUGCGGCUUUUGACACUGUUGAUUAUCAACAGCUUCUUCUCAUCCUCCGCAAUAUCGGUCUACAAGAUACUGCUCUCUCCUGGUGCUCCUCCUACCUCUCCCAGCGCUCUUUCAGUGUUUCUUUCUCUGGCUCUGCUUCUUCUCCCCAACUCCUCUCUGUUGGUGUCCCCCAAGGUUCAGUCCUUGGUCCCCUACUGUUCUCCAUCUAUACUGCCUCCCUUGGUAAACUCAUUAGCUCCUUUGGCUUCCAAUAUCAUUUCUAUGCAGAUGACACGCAAACCUGUCUUCUCCUGAUCUCUCCCCGUCCCUCUUGACUAGUAUCUCUGACUGCCUCUCUGUUUCCCUACUAUUUCUAACUGGAUGGCUCCCCACUUCCUUAAACUAAACUUGACCAAAACUGAAAUUCUGGUCUUUCCUCCCUCAAGUGUUGUUACUCCUGUGUCUAUCUGCCUCCAAGUCAAUGGUGCUACCUUCAGCUCCACCAAUGGUGCUACCUUCAGCUCGCUGCCUAGGUGUUCUCUUUGACUCCGACCUCUCCUUCAAGCCUCAUGUUCAAUCUGUCGCCAAAUCCUGUCAUUUCCAUCUCAAAAACAUUGCGCGCAUCCGCCCCUACUUAACGCCAGAUGCGACUAAGGUGUUGGUCCAUUCCACUGUCCUUUCUCGCCUUGACUACUGUAAUCCGCUUCUCAGUGGUCUUACGUGCUCCCAACUUGCGCCGUUACAGUCCAUAAUGAAUGCAGCAGCGAGGCUCAUCUUUCUGUCCGCCCGCACCUCCCAUGCCUCACCCUUCUGUCAGUCCCUACAUUGGCUUCCUAUAAAAUAUAGAGCUCAAUUUAGAAUUCUGGUUCUUGCUUUCAAAUCUCUACAUAAUGCUGCUCCCACCUAUCUAUUCUCCCUUAUACACAAGUAUGUCCCGUCUAGGCCCUUACGAUCUGCUGAAGACUUACGUCUAUCUUCUGUCCGUACUCCCACCUCUGAUGCUCGCCUUCAAGAUUUCUCAAGGGCUGCACCUUUCCUGUGGAACUCGCUUUCCUCCUCCGUUAGAUGCUCACCCAGUCUCCACUCCUUCAAAAAAUUGUUAAAAAAACCCACUUCUUCAUAAAAGUGUAUCAAUUAACUGUUAAUAGCUCCUGACUAAUUCCUCGUCUGCAACUGUCACUAGUCUAAUACUAUCCUUAGCUUUUUGUGUCAUUUUACCCCACUCCCUCUAGCAUGUAAGCUCAUUGAGCAGGGCACUCAACCCCUCUGCUCUUGUGUGUCCAACUUGUCUGGUAAUAACUACAUGUCUGUUUGUCCACCCAUUGUAAAGCGCUGCGGAAUUUGAUGGUGCUAUAUAAAUACCAUAAUAAUAAUAAUAAUAGUCAGAUUAACUAAUGGGGGAUUUUAUGGGCCAACUGCUAUCAAACAUAUGGAUAAAAAAAGAUUUAUAAUACAAAUAUUUACUUAUUUUGUUUGUUUCUGAGCACAAGUGUGUGCAUUACCUACACAAAGCACCCGUUUUAGUUACACAAAAUACAAAAAGUACGUUCUGAUUAAUUUCUCUUGCACUUUGUACAGGUAUCAGCCACAGAAACCUAUUACAUGAUUGAGGACGCUGUGAUGGGGAGAAAACACAGAGUAAUGGUGCGUGCUCAGGACGAAUUCAAACACGGAUUAUGGAGCAGUUGGAGCGUGGCGGCAGAAGGCACCCCUUGGAAAGGUAGAAAACCCAAUGGUCAGGCUGGGUCGCAUGCAGAGUCUGGACACUCUGAGCUAGGGCUACCCUACUGCUUCAUAUAAAGCAGGGGUGCCUAAAAUUUAAGCUUCCACGAUGCUUUGCUAUUAAAAGUGUGCAAUGCAUCAUGGGACUUGUAGUUCUACAACAUCUAGGGAUCUACCUUUUGGCCACCCCUGAUAUAGAGUGUUAUAUGGGGGUGUAUCUGGCACUCGUGGCGGAAAUGUAUUAUUGGUACCCCCUAAACUGUAGAUUUGUGUUUUGUAAGGGAAAUUACAAACACAUUCAGUUACUAUGCUCAGUGGCAUGCGGAGGGGGCGGUCUGCCCCGGGUACAACCAGGGUGCCACAAGGGUCUGGGAGCUGGAGGGGGCUGUGUGAGCUGUACGGCCGCACAGUGCCCCAUGGUAGUUAGGGUGCCGUGCGGCCAGAACAGCUCACACACGCAAAGAGCAGCUGAACUGGCUGCACGGAGGUAAAGCGGGGCGGAGCUAACACAAAUCGGGGCAGAGCCAAAUUGGCAGCGGGGGCAGGGCUUAAUACAGCCCUUACCAGUUACUGCUCUUACUGCUGCACAUGGAGGAGCAGUAAGAUGGAAUCCCUGCCUCUCCACAGGCUUCAGGGAAUCCAGUCCUCCUCCAGCCCACUGUCUGUAAGUGAUAGUGUGUGACUGUGGCAGUGUGUGUGUGUAUGUAUGUGUGUGUGUGAGACUGUCUGCCUGUAACUUUGUGUGUAUGUGUGUGUAUGUGUCUGCCUGUAAGUGUGUGUGUAACUCUCUGCAUGUGACUGUAUAUGUGACUGUCUGGCUCUGACUGUGUGUGACUACCUGUAACUGACUGUGUGUGUAACUGUCUGCCUAUAACUGUGUGUGUGACUGCAUGUGACUAUGUAUGUGUGACUGUCUGCCUGUGACUGUUUGAUGUUGCCUGUAAACGUGUGUGUGAUUAUCUGUCUGUGACUGAGUGCAUGUGACUGUCUGCUGCUGCCGUGUGUGUGUCAAUGUAUAUGUCUGCCUGUAACUGUGUGUGACAGUAUGCCUGUAACUGUGUGUGUGACUGUCUGCCUAUAAAUGUGUGUGUGUGUCUGCAGGGAUUUUGUAAAAGGGGGCAGGGGAUUUGUAUUGGGACAGGAGUCUUUACAAGGGGGGAUAAGCAGGGGAUUUGUGAAAGGUGGUUGUGGGGUUUUUGUAGAUGGGGGGCAGUACAGGAUUUGUAGAAGUGGGCAGGACAGGGGUUUUAAAGGAGGGUGUGGGGAAGGACAAGGGGUUUGUAGGAAGGGCUGACGGUGGUUUUGCAAAGUUUACAAAUUGUAAAAAAAAAAAAAACUUCACAUUUUUUUUACAGGUUUUUUUUUGGGGGGGGGAGGAGGCGAGGGGGUGCCAAGCACAGGAUCCGCCCCGGGUGCUAAAUGCUCUAGGUACGCCCCUGACUAUGCUACAUGCUGUUGAAGUGUUUUACCUUUUUUCCUUUGUCUGUUCCUUUGCUUCCUUUUUCCCCUCCUCUUCAAUUAAAGGGAUCCUAUAGUGCAGGAAAAACAAACCCGUUUUCCUGGAACUAAACGGUUAAUAGGUCCCCUCCUCCCUCUGAGCCACACUCACGCUGGGCUGAUGACCUCUCCUCCCCCUGCCAACGUCAGCUCCCGAGUGGAACCAAAUGCGCAUGCGUGGGCAGAGCCGCGCACGCAUUCAAACCGCCCAUAGGAAAGCAUUACUCGAUGCUUUCCUACGGACGUCCAACGGGAGUUCAAUGCGAUUUUUACACUGAGAAUCGCGGAAGCAGCCUCUAGCGACUGUCAAGGAGACAGCCACUAGCGGCUGAAUUAACCCUGCAAUGUAAACACAGAAAUUUCUCUGAAACUAUUACAGCUGCAGGGUUAAAACUAGAGGGACCUGGCAUCCAGACCACUUCAUUGAGCUGAAGUGGUCUGGGUGACUAAAGUGGUCAUUUAAGCUAUAUCAUGGCUGCUUUAAUUUGUAAUAAAUAGCUUUGUAACAAUAUGAUUUCAUUCCAUUUCAGUAUUGUGCCUUCAGUUUAUCGAAUGCCUUUGAUAAAUAAAAAAGAAUACUAUGUAUAUAAAUGUGUGCGUUCAAACUUUAGAAACGUUGGUGAAUAACAUUAACCGGGAAUCAGCAGGUUUCGCACUUUCAGACUGUGAAAUUUGGAAUUUGCAUGAAAAACCAGAAACCAUUGAAACCAUACCAGUAGUUCCUUUAAUGUUUCUGAAAUGUGUGAAUUUUUUUAGUAUGAUUUAUUGCAGAUUAAUUUCCAUAGAAAUUUGCAGUUUCAGCAAAGCCUGCUUAUGUAAAUCUCAGAAGGUCAGAAUCUAAAAGCUGAUCUAUUUCAAACUGUUCUGAGCGCGGAGAGAUUAAUACUUUUUAUGGUGUUAAAUAUAGUUUUGCUUUGUUUGUUUUGUGUUUAUCAAAUUUUCCCUACUGUGUACUUUAAGUUCCUUAAAAAUGUAUAAGAGAUUUUUUUGUUAAUAUAAAACGUAAAACGUGGUGGAUGCAAUGAAGCUCCAUCUAGCAGAGCAGUGGUGUAUUUUCGAUUUGUGCUGCCCUUGGCACAACUAAUAUCGGCACCCCCAAAAUCUAAAUUUUCCCCCCCAAUUCGUGUCAAGGCCAUUUUUUUGACUGACAGAAACAUGCCCUCAUUGAUACAUGCACUGAUAUACACUCAGUGACAGACACACACUGACACACCCACUCACUGACAGGCACACACUCUCAGAUACACAUAAAAUGACAUACACACCCAUUUUCACUCACAGACACACACUGACAGCUACACUCACUCACUCACAGUAAGGUGGACAGCCCCAGAACACGAGGCAAACAAUGCUUGGGGUGGCAUUUUGUGGCAUGCCCCCCCCCAAAAGUGCCACCCUAGGAAAAUGCCUUGUUUGCCUUGUGGUAAAUACAUCCCUGCACAUACCCACACACAGAUACAUGUACAUACUGACACACACAUAUACCCACACACAGACAAACAUACACACUGACACACAGUUCUUACCUUUAGGGUGCAGGGGGAUGGCUUCUUGUCCUGGAUGAGGCUGAUGGGAGUCUGAGCCUGUCAAAGCUCACUAUCUGCAUAUCUAUCUCCCUUCUCCCUCUCUGUGCCUUCUCCAUCCUUGUAGCACUGGCUGACGACAUUAAAGGGCCCUUUAUCAAAUCUGCCUGCUUAUGGUUUUUGCCCUUAGUGAAUGGGCUAACCGAUAGGCCCCCAAUGCCCACAUCUUCUGAGUGCUGUCCUGUGCGUGGCUUUAUGUGCAAAUCAAGCCUCCCAGCUGCUUUAGUAUUUUGCCUAUGUCUUGGCUGUUCGUCGCCUACCGAUGCUUGCUCCCGUGCAGCCGCACCGAUGCAUCAUCACUCCAUCCCCGUAGUUAUGCUACUGAUGUUUAGUGACCAUUCUGAAACAAAUCUACAGGUCAUGUACGUAUGGAAACAACAUUUUAAAUAUUUAGUGUUAUGUGUUUUUAUGUUAGAAAUAGGCAUCCACUCACAAAGGACAGAGAGAACACAUUUCAAUACUUCCCCAAAUUGUGCAAUUUGGGGAAAUUCACUAGUAGCUUUGAGGCUGGUGAGUUAUUCCUAAGUACAGCGUUUCCUUUAUCUUCAGCAGCUGAUGUGUAUGUUUGAUAUUUCAGAUAACCCAUUUUAUUAAUAUUUUUAUUUUUUUUGCAGAUGACAUGCAAACUUUGCCAACACAGGUGAGUAAGGGACUGUAGGCUGUUAAAUUAUUGAUGGUGAAAAAAAAAAUCAACACAAUUUUAAAUAUAAUUUCUUUCCUAGGAUCCUUCUGAAAAUGACAUAACGUUCUUCACAACGUCAGAAGAUGAUUACUCCACGGAAACUGAGGAUGGUGAGUUGACUGAAUGAAAGUUUUAUUGUCCAGUGCACUGGUUCCUAAAGGGACACUACAGGCAUCCAGACCAGUUCAGCUCAUUGAAGUGGUCUGGGUGCAUAAUCCCAGGUCCAUUAACCCUGCAAAGGUAAUUAUUGCAGUAUUUAAUAAACUUCAAUAAUUACCUUUGUGGGUUAACUCCACCUCUAAUGGCUGUCUACCAGACAGCCACUAGAGGGCCUUCCGGGGCAUAAGGUGACUUUUGGUCACCUAACUGAUGCUGGACGUCCUCAUAUGGGAAGUCCUGAUGCGAGCGCUGCUAUUGCCACGCAUCCACCUUAGGUCUUUGCCACCGGCUGUUGUUGGGGGGGAGCAGUGAAGGUGGACAUCAGCCAUUGACUCAGGUAAGUAACAUAAGGUUUUCUUAAUCCCAUUCUGCAUCAAGGGGAGGGAGGGAAGGCACUAUAGGGAGAUAUAGUGUCAGUCGGGUGAUUGGUCGAUUUCCUGAACUUCAAGCUAAAAUGUAACCAAAUCAUGAACUGACCUGAAACGCCCAAUGGCUGAGCAUGUCAAUUUAGUUUUGUGAUUUAGAGAAAGAGAAUGUGGAUGGGAGAAAAGAGAUGAUUGACAGUAACCAGGGGACAGUAACUAAAUGUUGAUUUUAUUCACAGCAAUAAAGGAAAAAACAGGAGAACCAGUUAAAAAAAAUAAAUCCAUAUUUUAUAUAUUCUUCAAUUAAAAAAAUCAGCUCACUGAGCCAUUAUUUAUGGGUGAACCCAAUAAAAUGACAUGGGGAUCCAAUUUUGUGUUCCUACCCAAACCUUAACAGUCACUGGUCCGCCAUAUUUCUCUAAUGGAAUGUAUGGCUUAUAUUGCUACAAAUUCCUUCAUCUCCUUUCAUAAAGUAUUAAAAACCUUUAUUACCUGUCGCCAGUGAUUCUGUGUGCCGGGGGCCAUGGGAACCCCUCAGUGAUUCUGCAGUAGAUGGCAAAUUUGUAAAUGGUGGUUAAGCGGAUUAUAUACGCAAUAUUUCUUAAAAGAAAAAAAACUACCACAACAAGAGGACAUAGUCUUAAAUUAGAGGAACAAAGGUUUAAAAAUAAUAUCAGGAAGUAUUACUUUACUGAGAGGGUAGUGGAUACAUGGAAUAGCCUUCCAGCUGAAGUGGUAGAGGUUAACACAGUAAAGGAGUUUAAGCAUGCGUGGGACAGGCAUAAGGCUAUCCUAACUAUAAGAUAAGGCCAGGGACUAAUGAAAGUAUUUAGAAAAUUGUGCAGACUAGAUGGGCCGAAUGGUUCUUAUCUGCCGUCACAUUCUAUGUUUCUAUGUAAUAUGUGUUAAAAAAUGUAAACUAUGAAAAUAGAGCAGAUAACAUGUUCAAAUGAUCAGAAAAUACAUAAUUUCUUUCCAAUGAGUUUUUUUUUUUCUUCUUACAUUCACCUGUUUAGAUGCAAAAUUAAAUAAAAAUCUAAGUUAUAAAACAAUAACCACUAGUUUAGUGUCUGCAUCUCAUUUGACAUUGACUCUGUCCUUCCAUUUCUUGCUGCAGAAGAGACUCCGGUGAAGACUGUAGUUCGUCGGUACACACUCCUCGUGGUUGGCGUCAAUUUAGGAAUUUUUAUUAUACUGUUCAUGGUGAUAACGAUGAGGUAAGUAAAUGAUUUGUGGACAUUGCUAAGACUCUAGAUAAGAAUAUAAGUCAUACUUUUAUUGUGGUCUGCUUAGCAAUAGUGUAACCUAAUUGAAGGAACACUUUAGGUACCAUAAUCAUUAAAGCUUGUGGAGUGUCCCAGUAUUAUAUAUUAAAUGGUAUUACCAUGGUUUGACACUUAUCUGGGUCCCACCCAGCAUCUGUUCUGCUUCCGGUCUUCUUGAGCAGGGGUUUAAUGAGUUCCUGUAUUGAACAAAACUAAUGUGUGACCUCUCAGCAUGGGUGCAUGGUGCGCUCCUCGGUCAUUUAUCAAACCCUGCUAAAAUAAUAUGACAGAUUACUCUGGGACAGGGCCAGGAGACUCCAAGCACAAACACAGGAGUGUACUUUAAAAACAUUUUGUGUUAUACAGUUAGCAAAGCAAUCUGCAUGUGUUUUAUAUUUAGACCUAUGAGAAGCAAAUGGUUUUGCACUCUAAAAGGUUUAAACUGAAAGCAACGUUUUUCUUCCCAUUUUUAAGCUAAUGACUACGAUACUUUUUGUACUUGCUUUUUCUGUACUUGCUGACACAGUGCAACGGCCACUUCUGUUUCCUAUAACAAACAUCUGGAAGCUCAGUUUUCUUUUGGGGAAUAGAACACAUUUCUGGCCUUAUCAAUGUGUACCAAAGAGACGGAUUGUGCUUCACUGAUACUGACAGUGCAUCUCUAUGGUUUAUGGUGGGAACCGUGGGAAUUAGCUCUGCCCAUCAGGGACAGACAAAUCUCCAGGUGAUAGGAGAUGCAGGUAUAGUAAAAGAUAAUCACUUGUAAACUGCAAUUAUCAGAAAAAUAGAAAUACAAUAGUGACCUUUCAUUUACACAGAGAGAAUAAAAAAUGUCACUGAGUUUUGAAGAACCUUUUGAUCAGGAUGUGGUUUUAAGAUUCCAGGGAAAUUAGGAAAAGUGUGAAAUCAUGAAAUCAAUGCUCAUAUACUUUGUCGUGAUUUCUUGUUUAAUUUCAGAGUGCAAAAGGUUCGAUGGCAACUAAAAUUAAAAGGGAGUAAGUUAAGGAAGCUUUUUUCACCAUUUGGAGCCAAAGGAGACACGGUUAAAACCGAUUCUAUCCUCAUGACACCAUGUGCAUCGCCAACUACAGAGACAAAUUUAAUUCCCACAGAUCACACAGACACAUGAUCUGGACUUUUGGACAAUAUUUGUAUCGUACAAAUGACACAAGUUUGGGAGACUGGAAAUACAUACCUGCAUUUGAGACUGCAAUGCCAGUGACGGGGGCCAGGCAUAUUUCUUUUGUUAAUAAACACUUUUAAUUUUAAUAGACACCUCAAGAGUUGUCAUGUGGGUGAUAUGGACCGUGCUCAUGCUUGCUUCUUGCAUGUUUAGGGUCAAAUGUACAAAAAAAAAAAAAAAUUUCUUGUUCAGUUUUGUUUAUAGAGGAGGAUUUUAGUGCAAACAUUUGAUCUCCAGCCAAGGUAACAAAAUUCAUUACAUGGUGGCGCAUCCAGAUCACAAAACUGAUUAGCUGUCUGAAACUGCAAUCUGUAUAUUAUCAAAGUGGUCACAUAUCUAGGUCAGUGUAUGUUUACAGAACAUGGAUUCAGGUCAGCUUAGCGGUCAGGCUUUGCUACCAUAUCAAAACUAUCUCCUCUACUGUCUUCGGAAACCACUGCAAAGAUCCAGA